GUCCUCCAGCUCGACAUCUGCAACUUCACCGCCAUGUCGCAGACCAUGAGCGCGCUGCACGUAGCGACGAUGGUGCACUCCAUCUUCUCCGCCUUCGACUCCUCCGUGGAGAGGCUGGACCUCUUCAAGAUGGACACGAUAGGAGACGCGUACAUCGUCGCUGCCUGGCUGCCCGAAACUCCCGAUUGGCAUGAAGAUCGCAACAGCAAGAAGAUCUGCCGCAAGGUUCUGAUGCUAGCAAGGGACAUGAUCACGGCCAUGGAAGAGCACAGGACGCUGACGGGGCUCGAGGUCAACUGCAGGAUCGGAAUCUCCGUGGGAAAGUUCGCGUGCGGGCUGAUAGGAAGGGUGCAAUCUCGAUUUCACGUGAUGGGGAGGGCUAUGGGGGAGGUAGAGCACCUGGAGCAGAAGUGUGUUAUCAACGGCAUCCAUGUCAGUGAC